CUGUCUAGACUACUAAAAGUAGAUGUCGAUCAUUGACGUCGAGACGAUUCCAGUUCGUCUAGGAUUAAGAAACUACGAAGGUUUGAUGCUCGAACUAGCUGCUGUUGGUGACUCCAAGCCGAUAGUUGAUACAAUCGAUCAAGUCGAACAAGCUUUGUUGCAGGAGAGGUGUAGAACAAACCUAGAUCUAGGGAAGAAACAUAUUCAAGCUGUUUUAGACUACUGCUGGGAGAGGUUAAAUUCUGGCUACUGGAAAGAUGUCUCGGUAGCUUGGAGAAAACUUUAUGCUCACGCCAGCUUGCUGAAGGCAGCUUGUAUAUUGUAUUCAACAACGUCAGGAGACUGGUCUCAGUUGCCUAGCAGAGAUGUGUGGAAAGAGGCUUUAGGUGUUUGUGAUAUGGGUCUUCUAAUGGGUUUUCCUAUACAAGACAGUGUACUUUCUUCUCUAGCCAGUAGACUGAGUUGUCUGUUAGGAUCGAAUGGGGCUCACUCUACAGAUGAUGGUUCAUUCGGUGAGGAAUCUUGCAAGCGGUGUAAAAUAGAUGAGAAUAAAAGCGUUCAUGCACUGAACAGUGAACCGUCUAUUUUAUACCCCAUUGUUCAAUUGGAACGGCCUUCACUUGAGCUAUUCCAGUCUGUCUACAUGUCUACUCAUAUGCCUGUUGUAAUUAUUGGUAGUAUGGACCAUUGGCCAGCUUUGAGUCACCGAAAGUGGACUAUUGCUUACUUGAAAUCCACGUGUGGAUUCCGCACCAUACCAGUUGAGCUUGGAGCUCGGUAUACGGAUGAGUCUUGGUCACAAACUUUAAUGACUUUGACAAACUUUAUAGACAAAUACGUUAAGAAUGAUGCCAAGGAUGAUGUGACUGGCUAUGUGGCACAGCAUCCCCUAUUUGAGCAAAUACCUGAGUUGAGACAAGACAUAUGCAUUCCUGAUUAUUGUUGUUUAAGCUCAAAGCCAGAAGUGAAGCUUAGUGAUAACGUACAGGAGAAUGAGGAGGAUGUUGUAAUCAAUGCUUGGUUUGGGCCUUGUGGUACUGUUUCGCCUCUUCAUUAUGACCCAAAACACAACUUGUUGGCUCAAGUUGUUGGAUCGAAGUAUAUUCGUUUGUACGGUGCAGAAGAGACAGCUCAUCUUUAUCCACACCAAGGCUCGAUGUUGUCAAACACUAGUCAAGUAGAUGUGGAAGAUCCUGAUCUAGAACAAUUUCCUGAGUUCAGGAAAGCAUGCUAUACAGACUGUAUACUUAGGGAAGGACAGAUGCUUUAUAUUCCACCACGUUGUUGGCACUUUGUACGAUCAUUGAGUUUGAGCUUUUCAGUAAGUUUCUGGUGGCACUAGAAUACAGUCUAUACAUAAUUUAUAUUUUUAGUGUUAUCAAACCAUGUAAUUACCAGAGUUUGUAACUUUGGUAGUUUGCUGUUCUUGUUGUACCAACUUCCCAUUUGAAUGUUUCAAGAUUGAC